UAAAAAAGCUUUGGAUGUAAUGAAACAAGCAACUGCAAGGCCAUCCAGCAGAACUAGCUUUUAUGAUGAGACAGAAUCUGUUCAAAAACGUCUCCAUAAAUCACUGAAGGUUUGGUCAAUGUAUGCUGAUUUGGAGGAGAGUUUAAAGACAUUUGAGUCGACCAAAGCCGUUUACGAUCGCAUUUUGGAUUUAAAAAUUGCCAACCCUCAGAUUAUCAUUAACUUUGCGUUAUUUUUGGAGGAACAUCAUUAUUUUGAAGAAUCCUUUAAGGUGUUCGAACGUGGCGUUGCAUUGUUUAAAUGGCCUAAUGUUUUUGAUGUUUGGAACACGUACUUGAUGAAGUUUAUCAAACGAUAUGGUGGAACAAAACUUGAGCGUAUUCGUGAUUUAUUCGAACAAGCUUUGGAAAAAUGUCCAGCAAAGUUUGCUAAAGCUUUUUAUCUGAUGUACGCACGUCUCGAAGAGGAUCACGGUCUUGCCCGUCAUGCAAUGGCCAUUUACGACAGAGCAACAAGAGCAGUGCUGCCUGAAGAACAAUUUGAGGUGGAACAGACGCAGGGAUUUAGUUACGAAGCUUAGUUUCAUUUCAUCUUCAUUUUUAUAUCAAGAGAGCUGCUGAAAUAUUUGAUGUUACACAUACGAGAGAGAUUUAUGAAAAAGCCAUUGAGUUUCUUGGUGAUGACCAGGCUCGAGAGAUGUGCACUCGCUUUGCUGAACUUGAACGUAAACUUGGAGAAAUAGAUCGCGCACGUGUUCUGUACAUGCAUGCUUCACAAAUGGCCGAUCCAAGGAUGCGGCGACUGGUAUGUCUACGGACGACAUAGAGAAUUUGAAAAAACAAGCUCGAGCAAUGGCUGAACAAGCGAAAAAGAAUGAAGUGAAGCCGAAACGUGAUGUUCUUUUUGUGAAGUAAUUAAUGGAUCGCGGCUUAUUGCUUUAGCAAGUACUUUUGUCUCAUGGAUUAACCUAUGCUGCUUUUAAUUGACAUCCCCUGGGUGAUUUAGUUAAAAUUCACUGUACUGAGUCUUAUUUGUGUUAAUUUAAUUUGUCUUAAAAGCGAAGCAACUGAUGAGGACAAUUUAGAAGCGUUGGCAGGAAUAGCGAAUCCUGAAGAGAUGUCAAUUGAUGAAGACGAUGAAGACGAAGAUGCAAAGAUUGAAGAAGUUCAACUUGAACAACAAAUGGUGCCUUCAAAGGUUUUUGGAAGCCUUAUAAAAGACGACUAGAUUUCGUUGAUGGAUAAUAAGUUGUACAGUCAUGGAACAUUCUUGAUUUGGUUGCGUCUUUGGAGCUUAACUUCAUCGUUAUUUGAAAAGUUUGUUUUUUGUCAUGUAUCACUUUUUGAAGGAGACUUCACCACAGUCAAGACAUUCAAAUGAGUCAGAAUGCUUUUGUAUGAUUUUGCAUUUACAUAAACCUCGACAUUCGCUUCCGUAUUUGUGGAUAUCCAAUAACAGAUAAGGUACUUUUGGACCAAUCAAGAAUCUGAUGAAAAAACCGCCCCAGUGGAAACUGUCGAGGAAGAAUUAGUAGAAAAUGAUGAUGAAAAUCCA